AUGAAGAUUUCUCUGGUUACAUUGAGUGCCCUGCUCGGCCUGGUCUCAGCCCAGAAUGCCGUCGUGAAAAACCAUUGUGCCACAUCCGUGUAUGUGCAGUCGUUCCCCUUCGACGGCAGCGCCCCCGGCCCUCUCACAACCGUUCCAAAGGGUGGAACCUUUUCCGAGAAAUUCAGAACAUCCGGCUCGACCGUCAAGAUAGCCAAGACGAAGACGCUGAGUACACCUCUCUUCUUUGGAUACUCUUUCUCCUCCAACCCAGACUACGCAUACUAUGAACUGAGCACAGAGUGGGGUAACCCAUUCGCUGCGAACCCCAACUCCCUCAGCCCUGGAGACGGCUGUGAGGUCUUUGACUGUGCGGCCAAUGAUGCUGCCUGCUACAGUACCCCAGCCCACAAGAAGGUGUAUGGCUGCCCCCAGCCAGUCACCCUGACAGCAGACUUGUGCCAGUAG